GUUCAUGUGAGUGAAUCAGCUCCUAAACGAAACACAGAAACAAAGAAAUUUCUCAUUAUAAAAUCUGAAGACAAAAUCCAUGAACUAGCUCUCUGAUUCUCACAUCAUAUCCCUUGAAGAAAACCUCUAUUACUGAAUAUUAUCGUUCUUUAUCAAAGUUCUAGUAGGUGGAUUAUAUAAGCCACCUGGCGCUUAACUCCAACCGUUUGGAAUCAUGAAACUUCACGACCUCCGAUGUCGAGUUUCGCCAUUUCCCAAGAUCAUUGGCCCAAGUUUAUAUUCUUCCUCUUCUUUAUAUAAUUCCAUCAGCAGGGUUUUUGGAAUUACUAUAAUAAAAUAUCUUUUCUUUAAGUUCUCCACCCUGUGCAUGAAAUCUUACUGUUCACUUCCGGACUUCGUUUAAUAGUCUUGAUCAGUUCUUCACCCUCUUGUUACAAUUAUUCGCUUAAUAUUCCAUUUCCCAACAAGAACAGCGGCUUUAAGCUUAUAAUAGUCCACUAGGUAACCCAUGCACUAAACCCAUAUCUAGGUACCUAGGUGGGUUGGAAGCGAUAUCAUGGGCGGACAGGCCUUCUCCUCUGGGGAUAACCCUCUCUACACACCGCGGAUGCCUCCAAACGUGUACCAGUAUAUGCUCAAACAGUGCCAUGCCAAGCUUCAAGAACUCUUCAUCCUCGUUGCUACUCCUAUUCCAGGACCUGCCAAACCGGACUUUGGUGACAUUGACAUAUUUUUAGCGUGGGAAAGAACAUCCAUAUUUCCAUCACACGCUAACGGUAUUUCAAAAAGAGCAUCGCCUUCGAAACAUGAUGCUCUCACAUCUUCGGCAAACCUUUUAAGGGCUGAGCGACAUUUUCAAGAGCAAUCAGCUCUUAUGAUCACGGCUAUUCCCUGGCCCGAUGACCUCCCCCGUGAAACAAUAAGAGACAACGAAGACAUUAAUUACAAUGCAAAACCUCGAUACAUUCAGGUUGACCUUCAUCUCUGCGACUCCUUGGAGCACUUACAAUGGAUGCUAUUCAAACAUGCUCAUGGAGACUUGUGGAACAUUAUUGGAAGCACAAUCCGCCCAUAUGGUCUCACUGUCGAUGAUGUUGGCUUACAUGUACGCAUUCCUGAGAUUGAGAAUCUGGACAGGAAAAAGGCCCGAGUCCUCCUUUCCACCGACCCCACCGAUAUUCUGAGCUUCCUCGGCCUCAGAUCUGAUGGCACUCAAUGGGAAGAACCAUUUGCCUCAGAUGAAGACUUAUUUGAGUACGCGACCACAUGUCGACUCUUUUGGGUACGGCCCGAUCCAGAAGAUAAACAAGCGCCAACAGAGAGUGGGGAGGUCGACAAAAAUAAACUCAAAGCUAAUGAUCGUCGUCGCAUGAACUCCCGUCCGGUCUUUAGGAAAUGGAUUAACGAAUUUUUACCUGCCUGCAGAGUGGCAGGGCUAUUCGCAGUACAAAACGCUACACGAGACUCGGUGCGCGCGGAAGCCUUCGAGUAUUUCCCUGGUACACAGCACACAUAUGAAACUCAACUCAGGGAGUGGAACUUGGAAAGGCAGCGCCAGACGCUCUGGCGUAACGUGAUCAAGGCUUCCACGCCGAAACUUCCAGACGGCAAAGAGGAGACACCGGCCGAUAAAUGCUGGCAUGGUCAAGUGGCGAACGCAUUCAAGAAGAUCAUCAUGCAGGAUAAUUACAGCUUAGGUAUACAACCUUCCGAGCCUCUGCAAGAUGUAACCGGAUUCUUCAACGAAGAGAAAGUAAAACAGUUCGUCGUGGACAAUUGGGAACAGGUCAGCGAGGCUGUUCGGAAAGCGAAUAAGAAACAAUACACCGACCACCUAACGAAAAAUGAAGCUCAAACAUCAGGGCUUUAACCACGAGAGGUUCGAAUAUAUAUAUACUAAGCAGUUUUGAUAUAGUUUUAGCAAAUACAGGUUGGAAGACAUUGGACGCUCGGUUAAUAAAUGCCUUCACCAAGUCGGACACUGACCUGACUGAACUCCAACACAUGACAGGCAGUUGAAUAACUUGGAAAUGUUUUAAGGCCAUGACCUCAAAUAAUUUGAUUUCAUGAUACCUCUUGACCGGAAAGCAGGAAGCUUGCGGCACUAAAUUGAAGGCUUCAAUUGUUAGGGGUUAUCGAUCAUAACCCAAACUAACCAGCUUCCGAGCAGUGGUCUAUAGGUAAUAAAGGGA